CGAAAAAAUAAUAGAAAAAUGAUCAUAUCUAUGAAGAUUUGGUUCCCAAAAAAAAAGAAAAGAAAAGAUUAAUUAAUUAAUUAAUAAAAGGAGAACAUUUUUUCAUUGAAAAUUUCUAACAGAAUCUGUUAAUAUUAUAUCCUAACUUUUCUCUUCCUGAGAUAUUUGAUAGUCUGGUGAGAUUUUGUUUUACCUAAAUAUUCUUUCAAUAAAAAUAUCUUAUCCUAGUUAAGUAAUUUUGAAUGUUUCCAAACUGUAAUUAUAAUUAGUUAAUGGAAUUUCAAAGAUUUCGAAAAUACCACUUGAUUUAAAAGAUGAUAAAAAUCUCAUCUUACUAUCUCUCACUUUAAAUGCAUUGAAUUCAACAACUUCUCUAUUGGUUUUUUCAGUUUUGCAUAUCAUAGACGUGGUCUUUUCACUCUUCCUCUCCGUAUCGCACAUUUAGCUGUCCAGUUCACUCAGCUUUGGCAUGUAGAAUUUUCAGAGUUUUGGUGCUUGAUCAUAUUAAUCAAUCAUCAAUUACAACAUUUCUAAUCGCAGCUAUUUCAAUUAUCAAAUAAAUGGUUUUUUCUUUUGUCAGAUUCAAAACCAGAGUUUCAGCCAUGAUUAAGAUGAAGAUCAAAUCCUACACAAUGAAGUUCUACUCCAGAGUUAUUUGGAGGCCCAUCUGUUUUGUCAUUAUUAUUGGGCUUUCAACUUACAUGAUCAUAGAAUUGUAUAAGAUGAACAAGAAAGUUCUAAAAAACGUAACAUUGGAUUCAUAUGAUGAGCAAAACAGAAUAUUUUCAGGGAUUGAAUCCACUGCCAAACUGCUACUCCCAUUGAAUACAUCAGCAAUAAAUUUAGCAAGAGCUCUAAGUUCUUCACUAAAUGGAACUCAAUUAACAUUUUUUAACAUCUCAACAAUGGUUGCACCAAUACUGUUUUUAGUGCUUUCAACCAUUCCACAUGUGUCACAGGUUUCUUAUAUUGGAUUAGAUGGAAUACAAUUCUCAUAUUACAAAUACGAAGGUCAAACUUUCGCAGUCUUCUCCAAUAGUUCAUUGUCUACUAAUUGGUAUACUCAGCCCGUAGACAGGGAUACCGGGAAGCUAUAUGGAGAAGCAAUUGCUUCAGCCUCCAUGGUGACAGUAAAUGCAAGUUGGGUUCAAAAGGCUUUAAACAGCACAAAUGGAUACUCUUGUUUAAGAACAGGAUGGAACAAAGCUCAAGAUUCUCUGUUUCUUCACAGUGUGGCUAUGGAUGGCAGAGGGGUGAUUUCCCUUGGUUUCCCAACAAAAGUAGUGGUUGAUCAUUUUUCAGCCUUGGAUUUCCAUGGUGGGAGCUUUCACUUGGCUACUUUGGAUGGGGAUGUUAUUGUUCAAACAAAUCUUCCUCAAACAACAUUAAUGGUGGUGAACAACUCGGUUCUGUUGCAGACGUUCAAGCCUAAUAGCAAUUCUGCUAAUCAUGUUGGCAGCUUGUCAUGCCGACCUUGUGACUCCAAUGUCAGAUCAUGUACCGGGAAAGUAAUAGGAGUCGAGUACAAUUUCCAUUGCUCGAACCUCGAGAUUGCUGGAGUUCAAUCAGUAUAUAUAUUGGCUUAUCCUCCCAACAGAUUAGUAAGCUUUGUUCAAGGCUACAGCAAGUUAUCCCUCACGCUACUGACAUUUCUGUUCUUUUUCAUUCUCAUCUCACUUAGCCUCUUCAUAUUCUUGAUAGUUACAGCAGCACGAAGAGAAGUGCUUUUAUGUGCCAGCCUUGUAAAACAAGUAAACUCAACUCAACAAGCAGAACGCAAGAGUAUGAACAAAACUACAGCCUUCAAUAGAGCGAACCAUGAUGUUCGUGGUUCUUUGGCAGCCAUCACCGGUUUAAUAGAGAUUUGUCUUCAAGAUGCCAAUCCAGAUUCUGGAUUGGCAGCAAACUUGACACAAAUGAGUACUCUAACAAAGGACCUUUUUGGAAUAUUGAAUUCAGUGCUGGAUACAAGUAAAAUUGAAGCUGGGAAAUUGCAACUUGAAGUAGAAGAAUUCAAUCUGACUCAGCUCCUUGAGGAUGUAGUUGAUAUGUUUUAUCCUGUGGCUAUUAAGAAAGGAGUUGAUGUUGUGCUUGAUCCUUGUGAUGACUCGAUUACUAAAUCAUGUCAUGUUAGAGGUGACCGGGUAAAGCUCAAACAGAUUUUAUGCAACUUGCUUAACAAUGCUGUGAAGUUCACAUCCGAAGGUCAUGUAACAAUCCGUGCCAGGGUCAAGAAGACAAGUAUGGAAAAUGCCAUCAUUGCUUCUAAUUGCAAUGCUGCGACUAAGUUCUGGUCACGGGUUUUCUACAAGAACAGGAAAGGUUUCAAUGAUCUGGAUGCCCUUCAUACAGCCCAACAAGAUCCAAACAGGACAGAGUUUGUAAUUGAGGUGGAUGAUACAGGCACUGGAAUUCCAAAAGACAAGCAACAGUCUGUUUUCGAAAACUUUGUUCAGGUCACAGAAACAUCUCUUGGACAAGAAGGCUGUGGUUUAGGACUUGGUAUUGUUGAAUCUUUGGUGCGCUUAAUGGAUGGGGAGAUAAGAAUUGUUGAUAAAGAACCAGGUGAAAAAGGAACUUGCUUCAGUUUCACUGUCACACUUCUAACAUGCAAACAUGAAUCUUCUAACACUGAAGAAGAAAUUCCUAGAACAUACAGCGAUCGCAUUCAAAAUGGAUUUCAACCUUUUGGUAUAAAUCUCCGUGGAUCUGGACCUAAAUCAGAGGGAUCUCAUGUAGUACUCUAUAUAGAAGGUGAUGAAAGGAGAAAAGUUUUGACCAAUUACAUUGACAGCUGGAACAUAAAAGUAUCAAGCGUAAAGCAUUACAAAAAUCUUCUUCCACACCUUGAGAAGAUCAAGAAAAAGCUGGACUUUUCGUAUUUCAACUAUUCAGAGAAAACCCAGUUGGGUUUGUAUGACUAUCUGAGCAAAUCUUCAUCCGCCAACUCUGAUUCAAGACCAAAUGAUGGAUCUUUCUACAUCAACGAUGGAAGUGAACAGAGUUUUCCACCCAUCAGAAAGACCAGCUCCAAAGGUUCAACAGGUAUUGUGCUAGUUGUGAUUGACACCAGUGCUGGAGUUUUCUCUGAAUUGUUUUCAACUGUAGCUAGCUUCAGGAACGAUAUUCAAAGCUCCAGAUGCAAAGUUGUCUGGUUAGAUAACCCAAUCUCGCGUAACAUUCAAUUAAAGUACAUAGAAGAGCAUAAACUGUCUCCUCCAAAUGACUAUGUGAUUUGUAAACCAUUUCAUGGAUUCCAUUUAUAUGAAGUUCUUGGACUUCUACCUGAACUCAAAGGUUGCAAACUCCCCAAGUUAGAAACAAAAACUUUGGCUAAAGUGGAGUCGGAAGAUCAAAAUCAUUCAGAUGAGUUGGAGUAUGCUGGGGAUGAACCAGGAAGUAGUUGCUCAUGUAAUGAAAUCUCACUUGAGAAAAUAGUAGUACAUAAACGAGAUGAAAAACCGGAGGAGAAUCUCUUGAAUGGAAAGAGAAUCCUGGUUGUUGAUGAUGUUGAACUACUAAGGAAGUUGACUUCUGCUCAUCUACAAAAACAUGGAGCAAUUGUUGAAGUCUGUGAGAAUGGGAAACAGGCAUUUGAUCAUGUUUGCAAAGCUUUUAGUGAUCAGAAAGAGGAAGGUCACUCAAAACCUUUUCCUUAUGAUUAUAUUUUCAUGGACUGUGAGAUGCCAGUAAUGAAUGGAUAUGAAGCAGCAAGAUUGAUAAGGAUGGAGGAAAAACAAUAUGGAAUCCAUAUUCCAAUCAUUGCAUUAACGGCCCAUGCAAUGCCUGAGGAAGUGAAGAAGACUGUUGAUGCUGGAAUGGAUUUUCAUUUAAGUAAACCUUUACAAAUGAAGGGAUUAUUGGAAGCACUUCAAUCCAUUCAUGAUGACAAAUGAAGCUUUCAUUGCAACGUGAAUCUUCAUAGGUUGGAAAUAAUUUUUAUAUUUUUAGAUUUCAAAAUAAAAAUAGUUUUGUGCAUAUUUUUCCAAUUUGUGUUUUUUUCGAAUUCUUUGGACUUUUCAGCAAUGAAAGUAUGAUACCAAUUUAGUUA